GUCGCAAUUACUCUCCUUUUUCCAUGAUACCUAUGACUGCACCUUCCCUCCGUAAAUAAUACAUUUCUGCCGAUGGAAUGUAAUGAUAGAGGCAGAAAUGUUUAUUUUGACGGCAUGUGAAUAACACGCGGGAAUGUGAAGAGAGUGCAGUAUGGGUAUGUGAAUAAAAGGGGAGACAUAGCGCGCUAGUGUCACUCUAGCCGGCUCCUCUGUUUAAGCCAUAUUGACUUUUGCUAUUUUUUUUUUUUUUUUUAUGUGUAUUAUCUUUUUUAAACUUUUUCUUCGGCUCUCAAGCCCCGAGAGCACGCAAUGCUGAGCAUUGGUUCGGGGAACACGGUCCAGAGUUUUUUUCCCACAGGGUUUUUAUCUGUGGUUUACGUGUCCGGCUCAGUAUUAACUUCUUGUAAAUAUAAAUUAGGUGAUUAUAAUAUUUCACCUUUUCAGUAAUUGUAUUGGAAAUUCAGCAGUGUUUAAUGCUCGUCAGAUUGUUUUGAUUGUUUUGCAUUGUAAUGUUCAUUCAGCAGUGAUUACUGCUAGCUGGGCGCUGGCUACAUAUCCAAAAUAAACAGGAGUUCUCCUGAACUGUGUUUGUUGUAAAGUGUUAUGAAAUGGAGGCAAAAUUCCUUUUAUGCGCCUGCAUAAACCGUGAUUGACAGAUCAUCGCAUUAGAUGUUCAGAAUGCUAUUUUCAAUGUUAUGAUACAAACAAAAACAAAAUGCGCAAAUAAGGCGGUCUCCACAAAGACUAAGGCGGGAAAUAUGCGUAAUGAAGCCCGAGUUCCCCAGCAGUUGAAUCAAUAACACACAAGGCCCUGUUUACACGUUCUAAUGAUUCAAUGGCAUUCCCGAAAAAAGCAAAGAAAUUGGCAAAGCGAAGUUUACUCAGUUGCAGCUGGUAAAACGCUCGCGUUGUCACUGGGGAUUGUUUUGGAGCAAGAUUGCAAAUAAAGGAGAUCUUGUGGGCCCGAGGGUAGCCAUUAACAUUCAAGCUUGGCGGUUAAAGUUGACUGGCUUGGUGUGUAAAGCAAAACUAAAAUAGGCUUAAGUGGAAACGGAUAGAACGGGGAAACUGAAAUAGAUUGAAAAGUGGCGUGAUGGAAAAUCAGACGGCUAACAGCGACAUUGCGAAUCUCACCACCAGCAUCAAUAAACAAAACCUAAACAGUUACUUCUCGAGUCACUACCAGACAUGGUUCUGGGUUCUUCACGCGCUAAUUUCCGCACUGACCGUCGUGGGAAAUGGUCUGGUGAUAUGCGUUAUCCUGUGUAAGAGAUCUCUUCUGGAGGAGACGUCUCCGAAUGGCCGGUCCAUUCUCUCGCUGGCGGUGGCAGAUUUCUGCGUGGGUGUAUUCAACGCCCCUGUUAAGUUUAUCUGCGUGUUUUGGUCAAAGUGUGGAUACCUUACAUGGGCAAUCUACUCGUUUUUCGGCAACGCGUUUAUGAAUGCGUCCGUUCUCAACCUUUGCGUGUUGACCUGCGAUAGGUACAUUGCCAUUGUUCAUCCGUACAAACACGCGGGUCAGGCGGGAAUCACGCGUGGGCUCUCGUUACUUGCGUGGACCAUCUCAUUCGCGCUUCAAAUUCCAGACCUCCUGGGCCACGUUGGCGCCACGCGCGAGGCGUCUGUUGAGUUUAACUCCGUGUAUAUAAUCAGCCUUAACAUCCUUCCCACGCUAUGGAUGAUGUACGCGUACGCGCGCAUUUUAUUAGUGGUCCGUAAGCACCACCUUCAGAUUCGCAAAUUAGAACGGCAGAUUUCUAGCAAUGCCGUAGAAGCACUGGGAAGAACCUCAACGAAAUCGGGAAAACCCAAAAGCGUAGCGCAUGGCGCCAGAAGCUUCAAGACGGUUGGCGUUGUAGUCGCCAUAUUCCUUGUGUGUAAUAGCUUUUAUCUCUACGUGAUGGCGUGCUUUUAUCUCGCUAAAUUAUGUAGCUGCUCGCUUGGUUUGACUAGUAUUAUGGUCUUGUUGAGGUAUUUGAACUCUGCUGUUAAUGUCUUUGUGUAUGCGUUUAUGAAGAACAAUUUCCAAAGGGAAUUAAAGAGAGCUUUUCAUUUCGACCGAAUGAGGAUAAAUCAAGAUGGCGACAAUCAAACUGGUUCAGAAGGAUCAGCGUCUAGGUUGAAAAGGAUAAAUAGAUUUCUACUAGAGAAAGACAAAGUGACUAGUACUUGUUAAGGGGACUUAAAAGGUUUUUUUUUAUGAAUACGUAGCUUCGAUACUGGUUAUACAUUCUAACGACCGGGAAACCUCAAUCAACAUAAGUGCCUUUGCUAUUGCAAUACGUGCAGGGUCUGAAAUAUUGGAACACUGUUUCGAGAGCUAGGUACGCCUAUUUUGUCAUCUAGACAUCAAACAGUAAAACUGUCUUCUUAAACAACCUCUAUCAUAAAACAAAAGAAAACAAAUGCAAAUGGAGGAAGAUUGCGCUGGAUCAACAAAGUAUUUUAGUGCGUUCAAGCUGAAAUAUCAAGCUCGAAAGUAUGAUUUUCUCCGUUUUAGUGCCUCGGCAUCGAACGUGCAGAUUAAGCUUUGUUUGGUCAGAGGGUUGAAAAGGGCUGAUAAAUUGAUGCACUCUUAUUUGAAUACACAAAACAAGUCUUUCUUUCAAUGCUUUAAUCGUUUAUUUGUCUUGGUUGUGUGCAAUUAAAAGCUAUCCAAUCUGACUGUUAGUAGUUCAGCCUGCAAAUGAGAACAAGAACAAAGUGUAAAUAAAAAUCCACAACUUAUUAAAAGCA